AAACAUAUUUGCAAGCAAUUAUCAUUUUGAUGUGAACAUAUAUUCCAACCUUGAAAUAAAAUACCAUCAUUGAUAUGUUUUUGUACAGGCUGAACUUUCUUGUAGUGUUAGCAGUGACUGCUACAUUGAUUUAUGGAUACCAAUUUCCUGACGCUUUCAAAAGAUGUCACUUCAGCGAUCCCAAUUUAGACAGCUGUCUGGAUUCCACAAUUGAAAACGCAUUCCAGAUUAUCGGGGGUUCAGGUAUAGCCGCCCUCAAUCUACCUCCGAUUGAUCCAGCGAAAUUCACCAGUAUAGUGAUAGGAGCAGGAACCAGUGCUGUGAACUUGGUACAGAAUUAUCACGACGUGAAAGUCAUUGGAUUUUCUAAAAUCAAAGUGAAAGAUUCACACUAUGAUUCACAGAAAAAUACUUUGGAAUUUUCUUCACUUCACCCAGAAAUUAGACAGGAAGCAAAAUACGAUAUAAAUGGUAAAAUAUUGGUAAUACCUGUUUUUGGGAAAGGUGACUCGAUAAUUACUUUACGUGAUGUCACAAUCGUCCACACUGUCACCUUCGAGAAGAAAACGAAAAAUAACCGAGCUCAUUUAACUGUGAAAAGUUAUGACAUGAAGAUAACCAUAAAGGGAGCUCACUUCGAUUUCAGGAACCUCUUUAACGGCAAUGAAAAACUAUCAGAUAAUAUUCACAAAGUCGUCAAUGAAAACUGGAAUGUGAUUUACGAAGAUGUUAGAGAAGGCGUGCAAAAAGCGUAUGGAGAAGCGUUCAAAUUGGUGACUAACGAGUUUUUCGAAAAAAUUCCUGUCGAUGAGAUUUUCUUGAAGUAGAUAUGUAUUGUGUAGUUUCUUCAAAUAUAUUUUUAUUAUCAUUU